AUGGGAGCUUGUUUGGGUAAAGAGAAACCACCAAGAGACACCAGUCCAAAGACUACCAGCACCACUACCAGCAGUGGAUCAAACUCUGCCACAAAGACUGCAGAGGUGCGCGCUGAAGAGAAGAUCUCAUCAAUCAAUGACAUAUCAGCUGGUAAUGUUGAGGACUUUUACGUCGUUGGAAAGGAGUUGGGCAGAGGUGCAUUCUCAGUUGUGCGUGAGGGCACAAAGAAGAAUGGUACAGAGAAGGUCGCUUUGAAAUAUAUCGAGAAGAAGUUUGUCAAGAAGAAGCACAUUGAGCAACUCAGACGUGAGAUUGACAUCAUGAAGAAGGUCAGUCAUCCAAACGUCCUGGCCCUCAAGGAGAUCUACGAGAGUGAUAGCCAUCUCACCCUUGUCAUGGAGUUGGUCACAGGAGGAGAGUUGUUCUAUAAGAUCGUCGAGAGAGGAUCAUUCACAGAGAAGGAUGCUCGUAAUGUUGUUAGACAGGUCUGCGCAGGUGUUGAGUACCUCCACUCUCAAGGUAUUGCUCACAGAGAUUUGAAGCCAGAGAACCUGCUAUGCUCAGGCGAUGGAGAUGCCAUGGUGAUUAAGAUUGCAGACUUUGGUCUGAGCAAGAUAUUUGGUGGCGGCGAGCAGUUGGAGACAAGCUGUGGCACACCAGACUACGUGGCACCAGAGGUGCUCACUGGAGGCAGCUACGACAAUGCCGUCGAUAUGUGGAGCAUCGGCGUCAUCACAUAUAUUCUACUUUGUGGUUUCCCACCCUUCUACGCCUCCAGCCAGAACCUGCUGUUUGAGAAGAUUCUGACGGCCGACUACGACUUCCCCGAGCCCGAGUGGACACACGUGUCUGAGCCCGCCAAGACAUUCAUCCGCAACCUGAUCGUCAAGGACCCAGAGCAGAGAUUCACCGCCAAGCGAUGCCUGGAGGACCAAUGGUUGACGGGCUCCGAGGUCAACCAAUCCGACCUCCACAGCCACUUUGCCGAGAAGAUGAAGAAAUAUAACGACCAAAGAAGAAACAACCAGCCUGCGAUGUAA